GACUGUUGCAUUGCGCAGUUUGUGUGGCUGCGUUGUGCGUUCGUGGGAUGGGGCGGCUGGCUGGAGGGUGGAUUUGGUGCAUUGCUCUGCUCACAAGCCUCAGUCAGCUUUCUCACCUGAAGAUUUUAAAAUCUGCUGAAUUGGAACACUUGGAAUAUUAAGCAGUAGCCUUGAAUUGAUCUAAGGUGCAUUUUUCUUCCAAUUAUAAAGAGGACUGGCUCCCAAGAAACCCGUAUGAGUGAGGCCCCACUCUGCAAUGGAAUCCUGGCCUACCCUGGCCUGGGUUCUGCUACUUAGCCUGAUCGCUGAUUGUCUGAAAGCAGUUCAACCUAGAGACUUUACAGUGAAAGAUAUUAUCUACCUUCAUCCUUCAACCACACCAUAUCCUGGUGGAUUUAAAUGUUUCACCUGUGAAAAGGCAGCAGACAAUUAUGAAUGCAACCGAUGGGCUCCAGAUAUCUAUUGUCCAAAAGGGACAAGAUACUGUUACACUCAACACACAUUGGAAGCCAGUGGAGAAAGUAUAUCUGUCACUAAGCGUUGUGUGCCACUGGAGGACUGUUUGUCUACUGGAUGCAUAGAUUCAAAACAUGAAGGCCACAAGAUCUGCACUUCCUGCUGUGAAGGAAAUAUCUGCAACUUGCCAUUACCCAGAAAUGCAACUGAUGCAAUAUUUGCAACGACAUCCCCUAUAAAUCAGACAAAAAGACUUUCCCAACAUAUAUCAAUAAUAACAUCAUGUCUCCUGUUGGUAUUUACUUCAUAGCGAUGUUAUAAGGUGCCAUUUGUCUAGUUGGAAAAGCUUAACUGGAUGAAAACUUUAGUAUCAAUAUAUGACCUUACCUUAAUAUAUGUUCACAAUCUUAGUAUUUCAAAAACAUUCCCAAAAUUUUAAUUUCUUCUUCUUUUUUUUUUGGUUAAUUUUGGUUAGUAUUGCACCUAAAUGUUCCUGAAGUGUAUUCUCCUGAAGGGGAGAAUAAUCCAAUUGUUUUCACUUAAUAUUUUAAGUAGAAACACAUUUGAAAUAUUUUCAAAGCUAGUGGGUCACCCAUAUACAUGGGUACAUAGAAUAUUCUUGAAAUUUAUCUUCUCUCUGUGAAGUGGUAAUAUUUGUUAAAAAUAUAUUAUGCAGCUAUAGAAUCAUAUAAUUUGAUUAUAUGCAGCUCUCUCAUGAAGGAGUAUUUAUUUACUGAUUCCAACAAUAAUUUGAUUAUCAUAUCAGUCUUUGGCACCUUCCUCAUUGUUUGAAAACCUCAUAGUAGCUAACCUCAGCUCUAUAAGCCUGCCCUGUCUUUUUUUUUUUUUUUUUGUACACUACAAACUUCCAUGGAUCUGCUGCUUCUCUCUCAGUGAUGUAAAUCAGGGGUAACUCCAUUGAGCUCAAUGGAGUUACACCAGUAUAAAAGUAACAUUAGAGGAGAACUGGGUCCAAUGGGAGACUGGGAACAAGCUUCAGCUGUUCACAGAUGCCUUCUCUAAAGUAAUCCAUCAACAGUGAAAAUGUUUUUUUUUCUUCACAUCUGACUGUUAAAAUGUUUGGGUGUGGUGCUGAGCCUGGUGGUGUUACCUGUUGUAAAUACUCACUCAUUCUGUAAAGAAUGACAUCACACCUCCAUUCUGUAAGUCAAGCCUGAGAUAUUUUAAAGACCUUAGUUUUUUAAGCUUUAUUGAUCGAAGCAUGGGCUAAAAUACAAGCAGCCAGUUUUAGUCUAAGAGAGGAAAAUGUAUAUUAAACGCUAUUUGAAGGCCUCCUGUGGAAUAUGAUGGUACAUGACAAGGCAGCACAGCAAAUAGUGCUUCAGAAUUUUAUUUCUUUUUACAGCUAGGUGCCCAGUCCUUCAAGGUGCUUAACAUUGGCUCUAAUUUAACAAAGCACUUAAGCACAUGCUUACCUUUAACCACAUAAAAAGUCCCCUUGAACUCACUGUGUUUUGGAACAACCACGUAGACAUAUUCUGGCUUGAGUCCAUGCAUGCAAAUCCCCUGGGGUAUGGCCAUUAAGAGUGAGAAUAAGAUAUAGCUUACCUAAAAUCAACUUUGAUGACAAUAUUUUUAACUACCAUUGUAGACCGUUUUUUCUUUUAUAACUUGGAACUAAAUUACUACUAAAUUAAGGACUGAUGCAGCAAUGUUCCCACUCUCCAAAUUCUGUUGACUUCAAUGAGAAUUAUACAUACCAAACAACCGCAGGACUAUGCCUGAGGUUUUACAUUUAAAAGUAUAUAUCAAAAUGUGUAGAACUGCUAUUUGAAUAGCCACAUGGCAAGAAACACAUUGUAGUGCAUGAUUAUACUCUGACAAAGAAAGAUUAAGAAAACGUUAUUUAUUUCUGAUGUUCACUCCCGGCAUAUAGGGUGAAACUUUGACUAGUCUUGGCUAUAUAUUUGGCACCAGCUGUUGUGUAUGUCACUUGUAAAUCAUUUUAUACAAUAUUUAUUUUUGUAUGGUAUGAUUAGAAUUUAAUGUAUUGUUUUUAAAAAAAAAAAUCUUAAGAACAAUUUACCCUAACAGGACAGUUGUUUUAAGGCUGGAUAAAACUGUAAUAUGUACUAUGAUAAUUUAUAAUAUUUUGCACCAGUGUUGAAAAAAGAUUAACUUGCUUUACAAGGUUGGUAGUAAAUUAAAGUUUCCCUCACUGGAUUAACUUAAAACUAAACGAAAAAGUAGGUGGAACUUAGAAAGAUUGUACAACGUGUAACUAUACGUGUAAGUGUUUUUGAGCUAUUUUUGGUUAGCAAGAAUCAACUGAUAACUUGCACUUUAUCAAAUUACAAUACAGGUUUAUUCUCUGAGGCUUAUGUGGUGAAAUGUAUUAUAAAGAGGGAGGAAAUAUUGCUGGAAUCCAAGUGCUCUGUAAAAAAUCUUUGAUAAGAAAGUGCCUCCUGAAGGGCAUAAAAAUUGUCCACAAACACUAAUCCGGUAGUGUUUCUUCAAAAUAUCAAUAAUCUCUAGACACUGUUGAUGCCAGUAAGCAAUGCUCUUGUCUUAGUUGUAAUGGCUAAUGGCUUCUUUUGAGCUACAUGUCUGUACUAUUUAGGAUUGUGUGAAAGAUUUUGUUAUGGGAAAAUUGCAAAACCUCACAAUUCAUCUGAACCCUCCCACCCCAUUCUCCACACAUUUUUGAGGGGUUGGAGAACUUUCACUUGUGUGAAAAUUCAGAUAUUUUUACACAUUUCAGUGUGAAAAUUGAGCUUUACCCCCCCCUUUUUAAAAAAGUUGAAUUUUACUUACAAGUAAAACUGAGUGAAAGUUGGCCUAUUUUCAUUCACAAAUGGUCAUGUUCUUGGUCAAAAGCCAUUGAAUGUUGGUGUUUUCAUCCAGUUGCGUCAUUUUUAUGGCAUUGCAGUAAAAUAUGUGGAUCCCUAAUUUGAAUGACUAGCUCAAACAUCCCUGUUAUUAAUUACAAGGGUGGUUGCAAUCUGCUAGUUUUAUCCAAGGGGGAGGCCUGCCCUUUGGGCUCCUGGCGAGUUAAUGCCGUGGCUCUCAGUUUCACAUAGUUUGGCCCCAUCUUGAGUAGACUUUCUUAGGUUAUUAAAGCCCAAUCUUGUGAGCUGCUCUGCACCCUCAGCUCCCAUUGGCAUUAGGGCUGCAUAGGUCAGCCACUGAGAUUGCAAGAGUAGUCUCUCUAUAUGUAAGCUGUAUCUCUAUAUUUAAUACUUUUCCUGUAGAAUUUACAUUUUCAAUUCUUGGUUAACUGGGUGAUAUUUUUAGGUUACUGCUGAAGCCUCACCAAACAUUACCAAUAUUUUGAUGAGCUAGAUGAGUAGAACCAUCUUGACUAUGCUGCAGUAGUGGCUAUCCUUUUUACUAGAGAGGGAUUAUAUUUUAUUAAUAGUAGUAGCAUUGAAGAAAAGGUUUUGCACCUACCAUUUGUGUAGUUAAAUGACAUAUGGCUAAAUUCUGUGUGUGUCUGUGCAGAUGCGCUCACAGGCAAGAAAGCCCUGGGAGCCACUAUGCAGACCUCAUAUCAAGGGAGUGCUAGACUGAGACAUGGCUUGUGAACCCAGUAAUGCUCUCCAGCCAUAGCAGGUACAAAGCUGUGUCAGGGCACAUACUCACCUUUCCAAAGCAACAGGUACAGCCACUGCUAAUCAUGUUCUCCAGCACCAACCCAAGCUAUUCUGAUGGUUUCAUCGUUGCAUUGAUGGAAUGAUUCAGGCUACUUCUGCUUUGCAGCUCCAUCUCCUCUAACCUCAUCCCCAUCAGUGCAUUGCAAGUGUGCAAGGACUCAGUCUUGUCCGUAAAAGGAGAUGUUGGAACUGUCAAAUGAAGUUGCUACCAGUUCUGUUAUAUACAGAUACAUGGGGUUUGGUCAACAAAUAAGUCAGAGUUACUGAGAAUGUACAGUGUGGGAGAUAGCUGUAUUUAUAAUAGUUUUAAAAAAAUACAUUUUCUGAAAAUGUUUACAGAGAAUCUGUGCAUAAGUCUCCUUUUUGCCUCAAACUCUUAGCCAGUCUGUGGAUGUAGUAUAAUAUUUUAAUAGCAUAUAAAUGUUGAGAUGCUACAUAUUUAUUUGUAGGCUCUGAACAACAUAUCUUCUUUUUAAAUAUCUGAUUUUUUAAAUGUUGUAAAUAUUGUACAUUGUGUAAAUA